AAGCGGCACCUUUCGCUUCCCCGUACGCGGAAAUCGAUCUGUGUUGUGUCUGUACUCUGUACCUACAACCAGGCCACGAACUCAAAACCUCCCGCUAAACCCUAGCUCCAUAUCUGUUGCUUCCAAUUCGCAGGUUUCUGGGACCGCGCGAGGAAGAAACUGAACCAACCAUGAGUUGUCUUUUUGCAGCCGGCCAAUGGAAGAGGAUGCUCCAAGCAAGGAGGAAGAAUUCAGCACUGGUCCACUUUCUGUUCUUAUGAUGAGUGUGAAGAAUAACACCCAGGUGCUGAUAAACUGCAGGAACAACAAGAAGCUUCUUGGGCGUGUGAGGGCAUUUGACCGUCACUGCAACAUGGUCUUGGAAAACGUCAGGGAGAUGUGGACUGAGGUGCCGAAAACAGGGAAGGGCAAGAAGAAGGCACAGCCAGUGAACAAAGACAGGUUCAUCAGUAAAAUGUUUCUGCGUGGUGAUUCGGUCAUCAUUGUGCUCAGGAACCCUAAGUGAGACAUGAUCCAGGUCAUUCCUACCCUACAACUGAUGUAUCUAUCGUGGAUCAAACUCCCAACUGCUUCCUUCCGACUUAUGUUAGAUCCAUCUUAGUUUCAAAGACAACCUUUAAAACCAGUGUGUAGGACAAGCAUCUUAUUUUGGGGGCUGGACUGAUCGGUUAUGUGAGACUUUUGUUACAAAGAGGCUUGAAAUUCUCCCUUCCAAGUCGUUGGUAGGUUUAUAUAUGAAUAUAUAUGUUGAUACAGUAAUCAUCUUGUCUUGAAUCAGAAGUAUUGGCUGACGAGCUUAUGUAGUUUUUCACCCAUUCAUGCUAGCUCGAGGAUGGUCUGAUUCACCAUUCGCAUGUAGCAAGUAAAAUGCUACAUCUCUGGACGUGUCUUUCGUUUACUACGGUCUCUUUGAAGACCCGUUUAUGAAUGGAAAUUGGCUCGCUCUCUUAUUCA